AUGCCCGGACAUCUGCAAGAAAGCUUCGGCUGCGUCGUAACCAAUCGGUUCGACCAGCUAUUGGACGAUGAAUCAGACCCGUUCGAGGUGUUAAAGGCGGCGGAGAAUAAGAAGAAAGAGGCGGCCGCAGCUGGUAUCACCAAGUCUGCAGCCCAAGCCGCCAAGCAGCCCAAGAAGGAGUCACAGAAGGACAGGAAGAAUCCGCUCUUUGACAAGAAAGAUGAAACACAGGCUGCAGUACCUCUGAAGAAAGAAGGUAAGGUUGCACGCUGACAAAUUGGUGGUGCAUUUAUUUCAAAACCUGCACAAACCUAGCCAAUUUGCUAACAACAACAUGAUCAGGGUCAACAUGGGUUCUGUCCUGUUGCGAUCAAUUUAGAGGGCAACAGAAUAACCAACUGCGAACAUGCACAUAUCCAAUGCAUGAUUGUUAGACAGGUUAAUCAUGCAUUGGAUAGCAUCCACCUGUGCACUCUGGCUAGCCUCUCGCUGAAAUCCAUUCCACCUGCAGGAUGUGGACUUUGUAGAUGAUGGCGCUGUGGUUGCUGCGCAUGAUAAUGUUUUUGUUGUGAAACAGCUCGAGCUUGGUGGGCAUAUUCAAACUAGAUUAUUUCUUAGCAGAAUAAAAAGCUAGCUGGCUCUCCUAGGGAUUUGCGGGACAAGCUAGCUUGCUGCGUAGUUAACUAGCUAUUCUUCAAAACAACACGGAUACUGAACUGUCAGAAAUGUCGAGCUGAACGUUAAGGCCGGUGCGUGAUGCUGUAACUAGGUAGUUCGGGCGACCUAGCCAACCAAUGUCCGGUGCAGGUGGUUGUUGUUUUAGUAUUUGGUAGCUAGAAACUGGCCAACACAAAUAAAACAGUGCAAGUUGGCUAUCCAGUUAUUGCAUAGCACUGUUUUCAUGUAGCUAGCGUAUUCAAACGGUUUAUGCAGUGAAGUGUUAUGACAGUGUAACUAGCGUGAUGGCGUUUGUUUUCAUCUGCUCAGAAGCUUUUCUAAACAGAUAAUGUUACUGUACUUAACUUUCUAGCUAACAAGCUACUUGUAAGAUUUCCUCGACAUGCAUGCGCAAUGUUUUUGUAAACGAGUGCAUCUGGCCAGAUGUCCACCACAACACAAGUAGCUAACUAAGCCCCCUCGAAAUAUUAGCACUAGCUAAAUGCAUUGAAGGAAGGUGUGUUAGCCAGUAGUCAAGAGUGCAUGCUGUCAAAGUAAUAAUGACAGGAUGUAGCUAGCUAACACAACACCCUCAUGAAAUAGCUAAGCAACUUCCGCUGGAGUAAUCUAACAUCUUUGCUGACAGCAGGCCCAUAUUUCAUGUUGUUAAAGCUACAAUAUGUAACUUUUUGGGCGACCCGACCAAAUUCACAUAUAAAUGUUAGUUAUAAAUCUGUCAUUAAAUAUUCUCAUUGAAAGCAAGUCUAAGAAGCAGUGGAUCUUUUCUAUGUGCUUUAUUUCUAUGCUUUCUGUUUUUAAAUUUAGAUUGUGCCUCUUUUACUUUCAGUUUUGUACUUCAAACCGCUAAAAACAAUAUUUUUGGUUAUGGAAAAUGUAUUUCUCAAUGGUUUAGAUGGUACAAUAAUUAUCUAAACUAUAUUUGCUUGUUUUGUCACAUACUGAAAUUAGGCAGACUAUUUAAAAAAUUGCAACCAGGAAAUGUCGGAGCGAUUUCUGCAUAGUGCAUCUUUAAAUAGAUACACAUGGAAAGGCUUAAUGUGACCACGCCCCCGAGUAGGGUACAGGCAUAGGGUACUCCUGUUACUCCCAUGUAAUUAGGCUACCUUUGGCAUCAUCCAAAGCAAACUACUGACACUUUUUUGUCGUUUCAAUAAACGUUUUCAGCAGCCGCACUUGUCGUUAUUAACAUACUUGGCUGUCACAACAACAAAUUAUUUGCAUGAUACUUAUUCAGUCACUCUAAUUUGUUGUCCAACCCUGCUAAGACCUACAGUAAAGCUGUCGCAUUAUACUUACAUCACUGUUUGUUUACCCCUAGCUUUUUCGCCGGUUAGCUGACGUUAGCUGGCUGGCUAGUGAGAGAAGUUCAUCUCGAUCUAGGCUAAUUUGCUAGUCUUAGAUAUGUCGCGUAACUACUUCCAGUCUUUGCCUACCCUUGAACGGUCUAGGUAUUUAGAAAAGUAGAUUGUUGUUGGCAGGCCUAUAUGACCUUUCAACUUGCUGGAGACCAGAUGGGGAUACCUAGGGCUGAUCCCAUUUAGUCGAUUGUUUAGUCGAAAGGCUGUUGGUCAACCCAGAUUUCUUUAGUCGAGCUGUCACAAAUGAUUUAGUUUGUUUCACGGUGCACAAGACACCUGUCUGAUUGGCGCCUGUUUCAGUGGACUAAUCCUUUGGAGGCCACAGUGAUGGCACAGUCCAUCACUCUAAGACAUGUGCUACUGAAAUUGUAAAUGGUUAUAUUAUGUAAGAAUAAUGGUGCAACACUAAUACAUAUUAUUUUAGAACAAAAUGCGCUUUGUCCCGCGAUGGAUAGCGGUCGCCGUCCGCGGUUCUGAAACAGUCUUCAGUGCGCCGUUGAAUUGGCGCCUUUCCCUAUAUGUUGCUAAGUGCAUAAUAGCGAAGUUAAGCAGCAUAUUGGUGUUGAGAACAAUGUAUGGGAGGCAGCAGCUAAGUCAGGAGACGAGAAAACAGCCCUUGCCUUAAUUGUCUAAGAGAAGUGAGGAGAGAGGAAAUCCCAACUUAAUUAGGUCUAUAAUCAAUAGCCUAACUGUUAAACGUGCCUGGCUUUUAAAUCAUCCAUAUAGAUCUACAGAAAUAAGACAUAUCCUGCUUCUGUUUCCAGUUUGAGUGUUUGUUUAAUAGCCUAGUGAUUCCAUGAGCACCAAGCCUCAGGCAACCACAAAAUGUCGGAUAAAGCAAUUUCACAAAUUCAGCAGUUUUUAAUCUUUGCUAUGCUGUAAUAAAAGGCUUUUUCAAUGUUGUUUUCAUUAGAACACACUGUUCCCAAGGGGUAGAAAAUAGUAUUGUAAUCUAACAGGGGCGGCAGGUAGCUUAGUGGUUAAGAGCGUUGUGCCUGUAACCGAAAGGUCGCUGGUUCUAAUCCCCGAGCCGACUAGGUGAAAAAUCUGUCAACGUGCCCUUGAGCAAGGCACUUAACCCCAAUUGCUCAUGUAAGUCGCUCUGGAUAAGAGCGUCUGCUAAAUGACUAAAAUGUAAACAGCACCUGUUUGUUACACAAAAUAUGCACGCAGCUCUCACUCCUAUACCCUCUUUCUUGAUCUCCUUAUUGUUGUUGUUAUUAUUAUGAUCAUCAUUAUAAUAAGUGAUGUCAUUAUCAUUAGUAGGCUUAGUAUAGCAGCCUUGUAUAACCACCAUUGAGCUGUAGGCCAAAGAGCGCGUCCUGUUUAGUCCUAAUACCGUAACUUACUUAGGCCUAAUAUUUCAAUAUCAAUCAAUCAUUAAUUCCUUCAUGUCAUCACACAGCAUACAAGUAAUUCAUGCUUUGAAAAUGCAAUCGAGCAUUUUAGUUUUAAAAUGAAAUAACAAAAGGGAGUUUUGGAUGAUUAGCCUAAACAAUAAAUAAACCGCAAUUCAUGAAUGCAUGCAACUGUUUUUAGUCUUUGCUGUAAUAAAGUCUAUAUUUAUUUUCUUUCCCGUUAGAACAUACUUUUUCGGUACAUUUAUAAUUUAUUCAGGGUUUACACUGUUCGUAUCAUAUUGUAAUCUUACUGCACCUGUUUGGCACACAAUACUCACAUAGCGCUUGCUCCUAUACCAGGGUUCUUCAAUUCCGGUCCUGGAGGGCCGAAACACUUCUGUUUUUUAUUUCUACCUGGUAGUUAAUUGCACUCACCUGGUGUCCCAGGUCUGAAUUAGCCCCUGAUUAGAAGGAGAGGAUGAAAAACAGAGGUGUUUCGGCACCUCCAGGACCGGAAUUGAAGAACCCUGUCCUAUACCCUCCUUUUUCUUGAUCACCAAUAGUUUCCACAACUAAGUAAAAUGUCUUCCACACAUCUGACUUCCCCUUUCCCUCCUGAGCAACCAGUAAACAUUCCCCCGUUUCGAGUUUAUUUUUCAUGUCCUCUGACCUCUGCAUCCAUUUUGCUGCUACGGUGUUCGGCGUUUGUUAUAACCAAUUUAUUGAUGUCAUUAUGAUAGGCUAUAGGUCAGGCCCUAUUGGUCACGUGCAUGCAAUGCGUAGAUGUUUCACAUAAAGAGAGCAAGGGUUGAGGGAAUGUUUUUCCUAAACAAAUGAGGUAUUUCAGUAACAACUUUUCAGUCAGAGAAACAAGUAAGAAACGAAAUGGCUGUAAUUAAGUUGCAGCUUCAGCACGGACAGUGCGAUAAACACUUGCUGUCCUGUGGUGCCUGUUCGCUGCAGCAGGGAGGAGAGAGACAACGUGCGCUAGUCACACAGGCACUCGCUGUCAUUUAAAAAAUGUUUACACAGCAUGACCAUCUCUUGAGUAAUUUGUGUGUCUUAAUUAUUUAAUCAAACAGUGCGCUUAAAGCAUCAGAGAAGCUCACUUUACAUGUUGUGUUUAUAUUUUUGUUCAGUAAUAGUUGAUUUUAUUGAAACACAGGUCGUGUCUAUAUGUGGAAAAAUACAUGUUUUAACAUUUAGAACAGAUGACUCGGUCGACCAAUAUUUUUUUGGUUUUUUUUUGUCGGGGACAGCACUAGAUACAACCCUACCUAAUGGCCCAAAUCAAAGUAGCCUAUGGCGAUAUCUACACCUACAUGGUGCAAUCUCCAGGUUUGCAUAAAUAUCAAAAUGCAGAAGAAUAUUAGAGCUGUUAUUUGGACGGAUACAGCUCAAUAGUCCUUACUUAAGGGGUCUCCAACAGGUUGAUCCCCAGCUACCAGUAGCCCGCAGCCCAACUAUGAUUAACUCUCCAAACAAUUCUGAAAGUACAUGAAAGUACAUGCAAUUUUCACGUUCCACCGAACCUGUCAUGAACAAAUCUCAAGUAUCAGACACGGCAAGCUCCCAACUACUAGCUAAUCAACACAACAUUGACAUUAUCCCACCCCUGGUUAGCCACUAUUGGUUUAAAAAGCCAAACCGAACACAAUAAAUGCCUAUUCAUUUCCAGCAAUAUUGCCCGUCUGUCUGAGUGGUGCGCGUGUUUGUCUAUCACUCCGUGUGUAGCCAGUUGAUGUGAUAACCGUCUUGUGAUUUGACAGAAAUACUUUCCUCAAAACCUUCUCAAUUAAAUGUUAACUACAAAGUAGGCUUACCUGGCAGAAGUCAUAUCAUGAGGAAGUACUGUAUAUCAUUUGUAUCUAUUAUUUGUUAUUUGCAAACUUUGCCUUAAAAUGAGCAGCAGCCGUACAGAACCAUCGCUAGACCUGCAUAUUAGACAGCACAUUCCUCACUCGCUAGAGCCGCAAUUAAAGGGCCAGAGCCGCAAUUAAAGGAGAAUUACACAAAAAAAAUCUAAAUUAGUUAGUUUUCUUCCAGACCUACAAAUAUAAUGGUAUUCUGUUGUGAUUUAACCAUUGGCAUGGACUCAUAACAUCCAAUUUCAUUGUUUCUCUAUGAACAAUUGUAAUUUUGAGAGUGAAAAACAAAAAAAUCGAAAACCAGGAAAAAUAAAACUCGGAACAUAAUUUGGGAAAAUAUAAAACAGAUUUUAUAGGGUCCCUCUUAGAUGUUUAUCAACCAUUAUUUUACCAGGUAUAUUGACAGAAAACAUAGUGUACUACUUUAUCUUGUACACUAAGGACCCAGGGGAGAGAAGAGAAGAAUGUGCCUAUUUGAAAUCUAGAUAAAAAUGAGUCUCUUGCAACGUUAAAUUUUUUUCUCCAGUAGCUCUCAUGCUAGAAAAGGUUUGAGACCCUGCCUUACUACAAGCCAAUUAGCAAGCUUUAUACAAAACGGCUUACCGGUGAUGAACGGCUUGAACACACAUAAAUGUAUCGCGUAACCAGAGCUUUCCAUCAACAUGGCGUAAUAGCCUGAAACCAUGAGAUUCGUCUAACCUGGUCCUUGGGCAGUUGAUGAAACUUAAUUUUGUGGUGUUUUCUCGUACUAUUGUUCAAACAAAGCGGUAAUGCAACAGCCUUUCGGCAUUUUAAAAGCAGGGUUAGUUAGCUAAUUGAAGAAAGUCUGUUGGAAUCGGCUCUUUGGCUGAUAAUCGUGACGCACAUUCCAUGUGACUGUCUACCUGUUCAUGCUAACAUUCUUUGUUUUAAAAUGAACGUGUUUUUAGGUAUGAUGUAGCUCAGGGUUCUUCAAUUCCGGUCCUGGAGGGCCGAAACAUCUCUGUUUUUCAUCCUCUCCUUCUAAUCAGGGGCUAAUUCAGACCUGGGACACCAGGUGAGUGCAAUUAACUACCAGGUAGAAAUUAAAAACAGAAGUGUUUCGGCCCUCCAGGACCGGAAUUGAAGAACCCUGAUGUAGCUUGUUAAGACGACAUGGAAAUAUGUUAAAAAUGACCAAUCAAGCACAUCCAAUAUGAUUAUAGAUUUUUUUUAGUUAACCUUUAUUUAACUAGGCAAGUCAGUUAAGAACAAAUUCUUAUUUACAAUGACGGCCUACACCGGCCAAACCCGGACGACGCUGGGCCAAUUGUGCGCCGCCCUAUGGGAAUUCCAAAUCACGGCCGGUUGUGAUACAGCCUGGAAUCGAACCAGGGCGUCUGUAGUGACGCCUCAAGCACUGAGAUGCCUUAGACCGCUGCGCCACUCGGGAGCCCAAUGAAUGCAAAUAAAAAUAAUACAGCUGUUGUCGGGUUAAGCAGGAAAUUGAACAUGGGAGUAACAGGAGCAGCCUACGGCUGUACCCUACUCGGGGGCGUGGUCACGUUAAGCCAUGCCACGCCAUGCCGUGUGUAUCUAUGCUUACUUGAAGUUCCUCAUGCAAUUCGCCUCUAGUCUAGACACUCGUGCACAGUACCACUCUUGAUGUUAUUAUACUUUUUGGUUACAACAUUAUGAUUUGGCCCCAAUAGCCUUUAUCAAGCCAAAACAUGUUUUAAUCAAAAAGUAUUAUUGAAAGAGUGGUUUUUGGUUGCACCGCCCUUCUAAUUAGUCUCUGUAGUCAUAUCAGUGUCCACCUCUAAAGCCUCCAUGUGUUGUUGUGGUGGCAGGUAUCAGGCGGGUGGCCCGGAGGCCGGACCAGCAGGGCCAACCUGGCUCCCAGCACCAGGCCGGGCAGGGCGAAGGGCGGCCCGCCGGCGAGAGGAGGCCGGAAAACAGGAGACCCCCACGCGAGCGCCGCUUCGAUAAACCCGUCGAGGACAAGCCCGACAUCGGAGAGAGAGGAGAAUUCUCUGCAGAAAAGUGAGUAGUUGCUGUAGUAAAUGACAACGCUUAGAGCAAUUUUUUGUUAAUAAUUAUUAUUAUCAUUAACAUUAUCAUCGUUGAUGAAAUCUGGAUGUCUGGGAAUCGUGGGAUAGACAGAUGUCCGGGACACACUGCAUGCUUCAGUUUGUUAUUUCUAAGUGUCAGAUAAUAAUAAUAAUAAUAAUAAUAAUAAUAAUAAUAAUAAUGAUAAUAUGCCAUUUAGCAGACGCUUUUAUCCAAAGCGACUUACAGUCAUGCGUGCAUAAUUUUUUUUGUGUAUGGGUGGUCCCGGGGAUCGAACCCACUACCUUGGCGUUACAAGCGCCGUGCUCUACCAGCUGAGCUACAGAGGACCACCCAUACACCAGAUGACACCUCUCUCUUUCACUUGGCUUUGACUGUAGUUUGUGCUAACUAGUAACUAAAGCAAUGCAAAAAACUGUCAAAAUUCAAAUCACACCUAUUAUCCUCACAACCUACAGUGAGGGAAAUAAGUAUUUGAUCCCCUGCUGAUUUUGUACGUUUGCCCACUGACAAAGAAAUGAUCAGUCUAUAAUUUUAAUGGUAGGUUUAUUUGAACAGUGAGAGACAGAAUAACCAGAAAAACGCAUGUCAAAAAUGUUAGAAAUUGAUUUGCAUUUUAAUGAGGGAAAUCUGUAUUUGACCCCCUCUCAAUCAGAAAGAUUUCUGUCUCCCAGGUGUCUUUUAUACAGGUAACGAGCUGAGAUUAGGAGCACACUCUUAAAGGGAGUGCUCUUAAUCUCAUCUUGUUACCUGUAUAAAAGACACCUGUCCACAGAAGCUAUCAAUCAAUCAGAUUCCAAACUCUCCACCAUGGCCAAGACCAAAGAGCUCUCUAAGGAUGUCGGGGACAAGAUUGUAGACCUACACAAGGCUGGAAUGGGCUACAAGACCAUCACCAAGCAGCUUGGUGAGAAGGUGACAACAGUUGGUGUGAUUAUUCGCAAAUGGAAGAAACACAAAAGAACUGUCAAUCUCCCUCGGCCUAGGGCUCCAUGCAAGAUCUCACCUCGUGGAGUUGCAAUGAUCAUGAGAAUGGUGAGGAAUCAGCCCAGAACUACACGGGAGGAUCUUGUCAAUGAUCUCAAGGCAGCUGGGACCAUAGUCACCAAGAAAACAAUUGGUAACACACUACGCUGUGAAGGACUGAAAUCCUGCAGCGCCCGCAAGGUCCCCCUGCUCAAGAAAGAACAUAUGCAUGCCCGUCUGAAGUUUGCCAAUGAACAUCUGAAUGAUUCAAAGGAGAACUGGGUGAAAGUGUUGUGGUCAGAUGAGACCAAAAUGGAGCUCUUUGGCAUCAACUCAACUCGCCGUGUUUGGAGGAGGAGGAAUGCUGCCAAUGCUGCCAAUGACCCCAAGAACACCAUCCCCACCGUCAAACAUGGAGGUGGAAACAUUAUGCUUUGGGGGUGUUUUUCUGCUAAGGGGACAGGACAACUUCACCGCAUCAAAGGGACGAUGGACGGGGCCAUGUACCGUCAAAUAUUGGGUGAGAACCUCCUUCCCUCAGCCAGGGCAUUGAAAAUGGGUCGUGGAUGGGUAUUCCAGCAUGACAAUGACCCAAAACACACGGCCAAGGCAACAAAGGAGUGGCUCAAGAAGAAGCACAUUAAGGUCCUGGAGUGGCCUAGCCAGUCUCCAGACCUUAAUCCCAUAGAAAAUCUGUGGAGGGAGCUGAAGGUUCGAGUUGCCAAACGUCAGCCUCGAAACCUUAAUGACUUGGAGAAGAUCUGCAAAGAGGAGUGGGACAAAAUCCCUCCUGAGAUGUGGGCAAACCUGGUGGCCAACUACAAGAAACGUCUGACCUCUGAUUGCCAACAAGGGUUUUGACACCAAGUACUAAGUAAUGUUUUGCAGAGGGGUCAAAUACUUCUUACCCUCAUUAAAAUACAAAUCAAUUUAUAACAUUUUGGACAUGCGUUCUUCUGAAUUUUUCUGUAUUUUCUGCGUUAUUCUGUCUCUCACUGUUCAAAUAAACCAACCAUUAAAAUUAUAGACUGAUCAUUUCUUUGUCAGUGGGCAAACGUACAAAAUCAGCAGGGGAUCAAAUACUUUUUUCCCUCACUGUAUAACCUACAGUGCCUUCAGAAAGUAUUCAUACCCCAUGACUUAUUUUACAUUUUGUUGUUAGAGCCUGAAUUAAAAAUGGAUCAAAUUAGUGAAAACAUGUUUUUAGAAAUUUUUGCUAAUUUAUUGAAAAGGAAAUAAUGAAAUAUCUCAUUUACAUAAGUAUUCACACCCCUGAGUCAUUACUUUGUAGAAACACCUUUGGCGGCGAUUACAGCUGUGAGUCGUCUUGGGUAUGUCUAUCAGCUUUGCACAUCUGGGUUUGGGGAUUUUCUCUCAUUCUUCCUUGCAGAUUUUCUCAAGCUCUGUUAAGUUAGAUCGGGAGCGGCGGUGAACAGUAAUCUUCAAGUCUUUCCACAGAUUUUCAAUUCUGGGCUUUGGCUGGGCCACUCAAGGACUUUCACAUUCUUGUUCUAAAGCCAUUCCAGUGUUGCUUUGGCUGUAUGCUUGGGGUCAGUUGGUAGAGCAUGGUGCUUGCAACACCAGGGUUGUAGGUUUGAUUCCCACGGGGGGCCAGUAUGAAAAAUGUAUGCUCUCACUAACUGUAAGUCGCUCUGGAUAAGAGCGUCUGCUAAAUGACUAAAAUGUAAAAAAUGUAAAUAGCAUGAUUCUGCCACCACCAUGCUUCAUGGUAGGGAUGGUGUUUGACGGGUGAUGAGCUGUGCCUGGUUUUCUCCAGACAUAGUGCUUUGCAUUCAGUUAAAUUUUUGUCUCAUCAGACCACAGAAUCUUUUGCCUCUCAGUCUUUCACAUGCGUUUUUGCAAACUCUAAGCGUGCUGUCAAGUACCUUUUUCUCAGGAGUGGCUUCUGUCUGGCCACUCUCCCAUAAAGGCCAGAUUGGUGAAGUGCUGUAGAAACUAUUGUCCUUCUGGCAGGUUCUCCCAUCUCAGCCAAGGAACUCUGUAGUUCUGUCAGAGUGGUCAUUGGGUUCUUGGUCACCUCCCUGACCAAGGUCCUUCUUGCCCAGUUGCUCAGUUUGGUCGGACGGCCAGCUCUAGGCAGAGUCUGGGUAGUUCCAUAUUUUUUCAAUUUCCAGAUGAUGGAGACCGCUGUUCUCUAGGAAACUUUCAACACUAGAAAUUGUUUUAUACCCUUCCCCAGAUAUAUGCCUCAUCACAAUUCUAUCUCAGAGAUCUAGGGACAGUUCCUUGGAUUUCAUGGUAUCGUUUCUGCUCUGACAUGCACUGUCAACUGUGGGACCUUAUAUAGACAGGUGUGUUUCUUUCUAAAUCAUGUCCAAACAAUUGAAUUGGCCACAGUUGGACUCCCAAGUUGUAGUGACAUCGCAAGGAUGAUCAAAAGAAAUUGGAUGCACCUGAGCUCAAGUUGGGAGUGUCAUAGCAAAGGGGUGUGAAUACUUGUUACAUGUUUUUAGGAAUUUUUUAGAAUUUAUGCUAAAAUUCUUAAAAACAUGUUUUCAUUUUGUCAUUAUGGGGUAUUGUGUGUAGAUGGGUGAGGAAAAAAAAUCAAUUUAAUCAAUUUUGAAUUCAGGUUGUAAGACAACAAAAUGUGGAAUAAGUCAAGGGGUAUGACUACUUUCUGAAGGCACUGUAUAUAUCCUUGCAUGUUUUUAAAACGUUCAAUAAAGUAGUAUUCGUAGUUCUGUGCUGCUUGAUGCUGAGCCUAUGUGUGUCCCUCCUCAGACCUCUUGGAGACCGGCCCCCCAGAGGGCGUGGUGGCGGGCGUGGUGGACGGGGGCGGGGCAUGGGCCGGGGCGAUGGCUUCGACUCCCGUGGCAAACGGGACUUCGACAGACACAGUGGCGGCGGUGACAAACCGUGAGUCAUUUCUGCUCUGAGUCCUUAAAGGACUAGUGGUAGUGAUGGUCUUUUGGGGGGAUUAGAGCUUCAGAUGCACUGUGACUAGUGGUGGUGAUGGUAUUUUGGGGGGAUUAGAUAUUCAGAUGCUCUGUGACUAGUGGUGGUGAUGGUAUUUUGGGGGGAUUAGAUAUUCAGAUGCUCUGUGACAAGUGGUAGUGAUGGUAUUUUGGAGGGAUUAGAUAUUCAGAUGCUCUGUGACUAGUGGUAGUGAUGGUAUUUUGGAGGGAUUAGAUAUUCAGAUGCUCUGUGACUAGUGAUAGUGAUGGUAUUUUGGAGGGAUUAGAUAUUCAGAUGCUCUGUGACUAGUGGUAGUGAUGGUAUUUUGGAGGGAUUAGAUAUUCAGAUGCUCUGUGACUAGUGGUAGUGAUGGUAUUUUGGAGGGAUUAGAUAUUCAGAUGCUCUGUGACUAGUGGUAGUGAUUGUAUUUUGGAGGGAUUAGAUAUUCAGAUGCUCUGUGACUAGUGGUAGUGAUGGUAUUUUGGAGGGAUUAGAUAUUCAGAUGCUCUGUGACUAGUGGUGGUGAUGGUAUUUUGGAGGGAUUAGAUAUUCAGAUGCUCUGUGACUAGUGGUAGUGAUGGUAUUUUGGAGGGAUUAGAUAUUCAGAUGCUCUGUGACUAGUGGUAGUGAUGGUAUUUUGGAGGGAUUAGAUAUUCAGAUGCUCUGUGACUAGUGGUAGUGAUGGUAUUUUGGAGGGAUUAGAUAUUCAGAUGCUCUGUGACUAGUGGUAGUGAUGGUAUUUUGGAGGGAUUAGAUAUUCAGAUGCUCUGUGACAAGUGGUGGUGAUGGUAUUUUGGAGGGAUUAGAUAUUCAGAUGCUCUGUGACUAGUGGUGGUGAUGGUAUUUUGGGGGGAUUAGAUAUUCAGAUGCUCUGUGACUAGUGGUGGUGAUGGUAUUUUGGAGGGAUUAGAUAUUCAGAUGCUCUGUGACUAGUGGUAGUGAUGGUAUUUUGGAGGGAUUAGAUAUUCAGAUGCUCUGUGACUAGUGAUAGUGAUGGUAUUUUGGAGGGAUUAGAUAUUCAGAUGCUCUGUGACUAGUGGUAGUGAUGGUAUUUUGGAGGGAUUAGAUAUUCAGAUGCUCUGUGACUAGUGGUAGUGAUGGUAUUUUGGAGGGAUUAGAUAUUCAGAUGCUCUGUGACUAGUGGUAGUGAUGGUAUUUUGGAGGGAUUAGAUAUUCAGAUGCUCUGUGACUAGUGGUGGUGAUGGUAUUUUGGAGGGAUUAGAUAUUCAGAUGCUCUGUGACUAGUGGUAGUGAUGGUAUUUUGGAGGGAUUAGAUAUUCAGAUGCUCUGUGACUAGUGGUAGUGAUGGUAUUUUGGAGGGAUUAGAUAUUCAGAUGCUCUGUGACUAGUGGUAGUGAUGGUAUUUUGGAGGGAUUAGAUAUUCAGAUGCACUGUGACUAGUGGUGGUGAUGGUAUUUUGGAGGGAUUCGAUAUUCAGAUGCUCUGUGACUAGUGGUAGUGAUGGUAUUUUGGAGGGAUUAGAUAUUCAGAUGCUCUGUGACUAGUGGUAGUGAUGGUAUUUUGGAGGGAUUAGAUAUUCAGAUGCUCUGUGACUAGUGGUGGUGAUGGUAUUUUGGAGGGAUCAGAUAUUCAGAUGCUCUGUGACUAGUGGUGGUGAUGGUAUUUUGGAGGGAUUAGAUAUUCAGAUGCUCUGUGACUAGUGGUGGUGAUGGUAUUUUGGAGGGAUUAGAUAUUCAGAUGCUCUGUGACUAGUGGUAGUGAUGGUAUUUUGGAGGGAUUAGAUAUUCAGAUGCUCUGUGACUAGUGGUGAUGAUGGUAUUUUGGAGGGAUUAGAUAUUCAGAUGCUCUGUGACUAGUGGUGGUGAUGGUGGAGCUUUUGGUUUCCGUUUUUUUCUCAACAGUCAGAAAUCCGAGGAGAAGCGUGGCGGGAGUGGCUCUCACAACUGGGGGAACCCCAAGGACGAAACGAGGUCGGUGUUCAAACAAUCAUAUCCUGCUCCCUUAAAUGAGAUGAAAGAGCAUCGUUAUGUGUAGUCAAGGACACAGGUCCUUUGUUGAUGUUGACUGGUUUGUUCCUUCGCCCUUGAGGGGAUAAAUCAAGUUGUGUUGAAUUUCCGUUCCCCAGUGGUGAUGCUGAACAGACUUCUGCCCCUGAGGUAACCCCUGAGGGAGAGGAACACCCCCCUGCUGACUCUGAGAACAAGUGAGUACCCUCCUGGACCUGUCUAGUUAACCUCCCCACACACCUCUGUGCAGAACACCCCAGGACUGCUGCUCUGACUGUAAAACGGGACCACCAACUACACAACCAACUAAUUUAGCUCCUUUUCAUUGAACCUUUAUUUAUACAGGUUAAGUUGAAUUUUUGCCAGGGAUACCUGUUCUUGAAUUUGUACUGGUUCACUAUGGUGCUGCAUUCAUGCUGCUUCAUUCAGUAUGAUCUCAACGUUCAAUUCAUCCUGUGGUCCACAAUGCAAGCAGCCCUACAGUCAAUCUAGAAUAAAUCCAAAACAACAACAGAAAUGUGAAAGCUAACAGACAAUGGAUGGUAAUCGCUUGCAAUAACAAAUGUGUCUCUGUCUCCUCCAGGGAGAAUGAGGUGGAGGAACCAAAGGAGGAGGGCCCCAAGGAGAUGACCCUGGAUGAAUGGAAGGCCAUGCAGGACAAGGAGCGAGCCAAGGUGGAGUUCAACAUCCGCAAGCCCAACGAGGGCGCCGACAGCAAGUGGAACAAAGGCUACGUUCUGCACAAGUCCAAGAGCGAAGAUGUAAGUGACGAAAAGCCGAAAGACGUAAGUGACACGAGCCGAGAAUUUGUAUUUAUUUUUUGCUUAUCUAUAGUUGUGCAGUGCACUGUUAGGUGUGUGUAUAUAUAUAUAUAUAUAUAUAUAUAUAUAUAUAUAUAUAUAUAUAUAUAUAUAUAUAUAUAUGGAUAUAUAUAUAUAUAUAUAUAUGGAUAUAUAUGGAUAUAUGGAUGUUUUCCCAUUGUAUUUGGUUGUGUUUAGGACUGUGACAGUCAUGGAGUUUUGGAUGACGGUAAUUGGCCAGCCAAAUGGCCGCGGUCUCCAUAAUAACCAUUCAAAUAGGAAUAUUUGUGUAUAUAUAUGUAUUUGUUUUGACCUACAUUUUCUGCUUUCCUCCACUCCUGACUGCAUGUGCUGCCAUAGAAAUAAUAUAAUGAAAAGAACGGGCAUCCCCAUUCAAGUCAAUGAAGGCAUAAGGGGUGGACUGGCCAUUACAAGUGUAUCCAUAGGAGCAAAGCAGGAAGUAAAAACAGGAAGUGUACCCAUCAAUUUGUGCUGUGAUUUGUUGAUUCAACUCAACUUACAAGCCAGUUGGGGAGUUGCAGCGAUGAGACAAGAUCGAAAUUGGGGUGAAAAGGGGGGUAAAAUACAAAAACUAUAAAAAUAACAAUGUGUAAUUGUGCCAGCCCUAGUUGUGGAUCAAUGCUUGGUAAGGUAUUAAAUAACUGUGGUGGUCUGUAUUUGUUUAUGUAUUGGCCAACAAAAUGGCUGCUAUAAACCAGAUAGUAAACCAGCAAACAACCCUCCCCAAGAGGCUAUGGCAUUACAACCCUCCCCAAGAGGCUAUGGCAUUACAACCCUCCCCAAGAGGCUAUGCCAUUACAACCCUCCCCAAGAGGCUAUGCCAUUACAACCCUCCCCAAGAGGCUAUGCCAUUACAACCCUCCCCAAGAGGCUAUGCCAUUACAACCCUCCCCAAGAGGCUAUGCCAUUACAACCCUCCCCAAGAGGCUAUGGCAUUACAACCCUCCCCAAGAGGCUAUGCCAUUACAACCCUCCCCAAGAGGCUAUGCCAUUACAACCCUCCCCAAGAGGCUAUGCCAUUACAACCCUCCCCAAGAGGCUAUGCCAUUACAAAUGUGACUGACGUAUUCAUCCUUAUUGUUGGUCCUUUCUCUUGGAUGUUGCAGAGACCAGCUGUGAUUGAUGCUCCGGAGAUUGAAGCAGACACGACCCCUCUGUUCAAGGUGCCUGUUGUUUCACAUAUUCAACCCUAUACAAUUCUGAUAAAACAAGCCUUUAUCUACACACUCAUACACAUUGGCAUAGUAUAUCAGGAGUUUAUUUAUGUCAAACUGUAGUUAGCAUGUUGGCUAUUUGAGUUGAGAUGGUUGCUAUCAGUGGAUUCUGGUUAAAUGUAAACAACAUCAAUUCUUCCUCCAUCAGGGCAAUCCUGAAGAAGUCGGCCCGGAUCACCACUUCCGCAAGCCCGCCAACGACAUCACGGCCCAGCUGGAGAUCAACUUUGGAGACCUGGGCCGGCGCGGGCGCGGGGGAGCCCGUGGAGGAAGGGGAGGCCGCGGUGCGGGAGGAGGCCGAUCUGAAAAGGUAACGCUAAUGGAGGCUGUUGUCAUUGAACACAAAUAGAUGUAAAUAUUGAUCACAAAAGGCUAUGAUUACUAGGGUUGAAUAUUUUCCCUGUAUUUUACAAAUGUUCAAUCCCGAGAAUAAAUCACUUUUCUCCCGGGUAACCCGGUAUUUCCCGCCAAAACCGGAAGUGUCAUUCAAAAGCAUUAUAAAGCAUAUAAAUAUGUUGGGAUUUGGUUAGAGCUUUGAUCAGCAUGAAAAUUCAAACUUGAUGCUACCUGAGCCUGAUGAGACAUAUAUUAAAUACAUUUUAUCAGUCCUACAUUAACGACGUUUAAUGAACCCAAGCACAAAAAAGCACAAAUGAUUGUGCCAUUAUCCAAUACAUAUAUGAUAUAGGCUACUGCACAUUACGCACGACAAAAAAACAUAAAAGCCCAUAGCUAGCUAUAUAAAGCCCAUAGAUGUAGCUAGCUAUAUAAAGCCCAUAGAUGUAGCUAGCUAUAUAAAGCCCAUAGAUGUAGCUAGCUAUAUAAAGCCCAUAGAUGUAGCUAGCUAUAUAAAGCCCAUAGAUGUAGCUAGCUAUAUAAAGCCCAUAGAUGUAGCUAGCUAUAUAAAAGCCCAUAGAUGUACCUAGCUAUAUAAAAGCCCAUAGAUGUAGCUAGCUAUAUCCUCUCUUGGGUAAAUCAAUUAAUCUAGCUCCAGUAGGCUAAUCUUUUUGAGCGUGAACUGUAUUACUGUACUGUAUUGUAUUAUAUGGACUGGAAUUACGCACAUCAUUCAAACCAUGAUAAAGCAGGAGAGAACAUGCGAUUCUGGUGCAGAACAUGCGGCCUACAAAGUUACAAGUAUAGGCUACUGAAAUAUAAUGGGGCCUAUUUGUGUCAUUAGUAGGCUGACGAAUAUAUAUAUACCUUUCAUAAUAUUUCCCCUAAUGUUAUUAGCCUCCUCUUCAUCGUUCUAAUGACAUCCUUGAAUAAUAUAGGACUAGAAUUAGAUGCAGAAGGCUUUCACUUCUCUUCACGAAGAUUGAAUGGGUAUGGGGCUGAAUAAAUAACUGCUAUGGCCUGCCACCAUCGCGCGUUUGCUCUUCUUUCAAACUACCCGUGAGUUCUCUUGGCUGCUGUAUUUAACAUUCAGCAAAAAAUAGCUUGCCGAAUAGUCUAUUGGUAUAAGAAAUGCUCAAAAAAAAAAAAGAGAUUUCCAGCAAGCUAUUCUAGUCUAGCUUUUCCUGCAUGGAACUCCAAGAGCUAAGGAGCGUUUUUUAAGGAGGCCAGCAGAGCACAGGUGGUUGCGUAUUGAGCAAGAGACAGAGGCUAUAAGUUAGACACUUGUUAUGCAUCAUUAAUUAGAUAAAUAUAAGGAUAGUACUGCAUGAAAUGUAUUACCUGUAAGAGGUAGGCUAAGACAUCUAUCUAUCUAUAUAUAUAUAUAUAUAUAUAUAUAUAUAUAUAUAUAUAUAUAUAUCUCAGCAAAAAAAGAAACAUCCCUUUUUCAGGACCCUGUCUUUCAAAGAUAAUUUGUAAAAAUCCAAAUAACUUCACAGAUCUUCAUUGUGAAGGGUUUAAACACUGUUUCCCAUGCUUGUUCAAUGAACCAUAAACAGUUAAUGAACAUGCACCUGUGGAACGGUCGUCAAGACACUAACAGUAGGCAAUUAGCUAAUUUUCCCCCUAACAUCGGACACCCCCUAACAUCGGACACCCCCCAACAUCGGACAACCCCUAACUUUGGACACUCUAGCGGUUGGAGGACUAAAUCACCUCGAGCUCAACAUUUAAAUGGACUGGAAAAGAACGGUAAGUUUUGCGACUAACGACACCCUUCUAGCUAGCUGACCACCGAUUUUCAGUGCAAUUUGUGUAAGUUAAGUUAGGUUUUGAGCGUUUUCAAAAAAGUUAUAUAUGUACACAUUUUGUGCAACACGCUGCAUAUUGUAAAAUUUGACUGCGCGACAGACCACACAUCAUUUCAUAUCCAACUUUUUACCUCUGAAAUAUAGCUAACUGAUUUUCUAAUGUUGCUAGCUUAGUUGCUAAAUGUUGAUAGAACUGCUAAGACAGCAAAAGGGAAAUAAAUUGUAAGCGUUAGAUAAUACAUAUCACAAAAACAGCUGAAUGUUGUCAAGCUUUAUCGUAUCAAAAUUGGAGUCCUCCGACGGAGGCGUUUUGCACAAUCUGCAAAAAUGUAUUUGGAACUUUGAACCAUUAACUUUUUGACACCUAUCACUGUUGGCUAUGUUUCAUCUUACAACAGCUACAUAGAGGGAGUAUUUAGUCAAAUUUGACAAUUUAUGCAUCAAUAUUAAACUAAUUGGGACACUCAUUUUCAUUACAGAUAACAUCAAACAAAAAACGUGGGUACACUUUCAGUUAGUGAAAACUUUCAUCACCUUUCAAUGCCUUAGCUUUGAAAUGUAAAUGUUUAUUCAUAUUCAGAUUGAGUUAUCUCCGUGUGGUGCCAGGAUAACAACCUCUCCCUCAAAGUGACCAAGACAAAGGAGAUGAUUGUGAACAACAGGAAAAAAAAGAGGACUGAGCACGCCCCCAUUCUCAUCGACGGGGCUGUAGUGGAACAGGUUGAGAGCUUCAAGUUCCUUGGUGUCCACAUCACCAACGAACUAUCAUGGUCCAAACACGCCAAGACUGUCGUGAAGAGGGCACAACAAAGCCUAUUCCCCCUCAGGAGACUGAAAAUAUUUGGCAUGGGUCCUCAGAUCCUCAAAAAAUUCUACAGCUGCACCAUCAAGAGCAUCCUGACUGGUUGCAUCACCGCCUGGUAUGGCAACUGCUUGGCCUCCGACCGCAAGGCACUACAGAGGGUAGUGCGUACGGCCCAGUACAUCACUGGCGCCAAGCUUCCUGCCAUCCAGGACCUCUAUACCAGGCGGUGUCAGAGGAAGGCCCUCAAAAUUGUCAAAGACUCCAGCCACCCUAGUCAUAGACUGUUCUCUCUGCUACCGCACAGCAAGCGGUACCGGAGUGCCAAGUCUAGGUCCAAAAGACUUCUCAACAGCUUCUACCCCCAAGCCAUAAGACUCCUGAACAGCUAAUCAUGGCUACCCGGACUAUUUGCACUGCCCCCCCACCCCCACCCCAUCUUUUUACGCUGCUGCUACUCUGUUAAUUAUUUAUGCAUAGUCACUUUAACUCUACCCACAUGUACAUAUUACUUCAACUACCUCAACUAGCCGGUGCCCCCGCACAUUGACUCUGCACCGGUACCCCCCUGUAUAUAUAGCCUCCCUACUGUUAUUUUAUUUUACUUCUGCUCUUUUUUUCUCAACACUUUUUUGUUGUUUUAUUUUACAUUUUUAUUAAAAAUAAAUGCACUGUUGGUUAAGGGCUGUAAGUAAGCAUUUCACUGUAAUGUCUGCACCUGUUGUAUUCGGCGCAUGUGGCCAAUAACAUUUGAUUUGAUUUGAUUGUCUUUCUAAAAUGUGUAUAGUAUGCCAAGUUAUUUAGCUACAUGUAUUAACACCACAGCAUGGAGAAGGUCAAGAGGAAGCAGUGGAGUGAGGUGGACAUGUUCCAUGCCUUGGAGGACUGCGGGGCAGGGAUGGCUAUCCGCCAGGCUGCCAAGGUUAGGCAUCUUUUGUUUUUAGGAGAUUACCAUGUGUAUGUGAAUUUUAUCUGCUAGUAACAGUUUUCUUUUCUUAUCUACCAAGGUGCAUGGUGUACCUCGGCAGACCCUGGCGGACAGGCUGAGCGGCCGGGUGACCCAUGGUUGUCGCAGUGGACCACCCACAUUGCUUGCACCAGAGGAUUAAAAUUCUCUGGUGCAGUACUGUAUCCAUGGGUUCCCCUUCACCAGACAGAGGCUGAUGAAAUACGCCAACAAAAUAGGCAGGUAUUUGGUGUUCUAUGUAUUUAUAUAUGUAGAUUGGUGGACUGACUGUUCUCAAUGUGUGUGAUGUAAAUGUGGAUAUGUAUGGUGAUGCCAAAACAAACAUUUUCAUCCUGGAUGGACAAUUAUAUAUUCUAUUCUAUUCUAUUCUAUUGUAGGUUUCGGCACCCAGGGGAAACAAUCCCACCACUGGGGAAGAGGAGGUGGGAAAUGUUCAGGAAGAGGCACAAGAACCUGAGCAUGAGGAGGCCGGACACCCUGGGCAGGGGGAGAGCUGAGUGUGCCACACGUCCGACGAUGGACACCUUCUUCACUUCUUAUGAGAAGCACUUGGAGGAGAGUGGGUUGAGGGAGUAACCCAGACAAAUCUAUAACUGCGAUGAGUCUGGGUUUCGUAGCGACCAGAGCAGGCACAAAGUGCUGGCUCCCCGGGGCGCAAAACACGUGUACCAGCAGGCUCCGGGGACCAAGGAGCACAUCACAGUGCUGGCCUGCUUCAACGCAGCUGGGGAGGACGUACCCCCGUUUAUCAUCUACCCCAAGUGUUUCCCCGGUGGCCACUACACACUGGGAGCCCCCCCCCCCCCCCAAGCCUUGGCUAGCAGUGGCUACAUUGACGGGGACCUGUUCAGGAAGUGGUUUCAGCACUUCUUUAAGCAUGCAGUGAAGGAGCGCCCUCUCCUUCUCCUCUUCGAUGGGCACAAGAGCCACAUGGACCCGGAAGUGCUCGCGGCGGCACUAAGGGAAGGGGUUAUACUUCUUUGUCUUCCACCACACUGCACCCAUGUCCUGCAGCCGCUGGACGUGGCAUACUUUGGCCCUUUAAAGGCUGAGUUCUCCAAGGUAGCUGGAGACCUUAGCCAUUUUGACCACUCCUACAUGGUAAACAAAUCAGAAUCAGUAUUCCGCUACCCAUACCAGCUAUGCAAGGACAUGCGCUAUGUGGUGGAAGGGUUUAAGAAGUGUGGCCUCUUUCCUUUUCACCCUUCAGCCAUUGAAGGGUCCCGUUUAAUGCCGUCUCGGUCCCUACCGGGUCACACCACCGCCUCUCCUGGAACCAGCAGCACUGUGCCGUCCAUCAGCACUUCCUCCCCAGCGACCACAGGAGGACCCUCAGCCCCAUCUCCAGUCCCAGUCCCUGCUCCAGUCCCAGGCCUAGCUCUAGAAGAGCACCCCCUAAUAGAGGGGGGGCUGAUAGCGAAGGACCUGGGGCACAUCCUUACUGUCCUGAAGUAUCGGCUGGACCGAUACAGAAGACUCCCUGUGGUCGCCACAUGCCUCACCGGGGAGGAAUACACGCGCCAGUGGCAGGAGAGGGGUGAGAAGGAGAGGGCCGAGGCAGAGGAGAAAGAGUGUCGGGCAGCCCUCAGAACACAGAGGGCACAGGAGAGGGCUGCCAUGGAUGAGACCAUUGACGCCAUCGCCUCUGCAGGACCCCCUGCUGGAACCACUCCUGACAGCUGCAUCACUACUGCCAGUGCCUCCCAGUGUGCAACACCUGUAGGAGCCGCCGGAGUCCCAAGCUGCAGAAGAAGGCCACGUGCCUACUCUCCUGGCCACACCAUCGGCCAAUCUCUCUUUACAUAUCUACAGUACAUAGCACCAGCCCUCAAGUCAUCUCCACCUCCUCCAAAACCUCUGCAGCUUCCUCCAGAGGUAUUGAUGUAAAAAGUUGAAAAGGGUUUUCAUGAAACAUGCUCUGUCUAACACUACUUUUUCUCAAACUGCAGCACAGAAAAGGAAGAGAAAAGCUCCACUGGUCACAUCUGUCAUGCCACCACUCUCAGGUACUUCAUCAUCUGUUUUUCUCUCUCUCUCAGUUGUAUCAAUUACUAUUGUUGUUGAAGAACUUCUACAUUUUGCAAAACCAUAUUAAUCAAUUUUUAUUAUUAUUUUAUUUUAUUUUAUAUGAAAGAAGACACCUGCUGUGCUCGCUACGGAGAGCAUGAUCCGCCUGCAAGCUCCUCUCAGGAGUGUAGAUCCGAGGUGCCAUGGGUGUGCUGUGACUUCUGCCAGCACUGGUUCCACUGCAGGUGUGUGCAGUGGGAUCAAGAGGUAGCGGUGGAGCUGGAUUUCUAUUGUGAUUUUUGUGACAAUAUAGGUCGAGAUUUAAUUGUUUGUUUUGUUUGUGUUCAUAUGAAAUUAUUUAUUUGUACCAAAAAAUAAAUGUCUAAAAUAUAAUAUAUAUUUAUUGAACCCAUCUUGUGUAUUUCUUCCUUUACUUUCCAAGUGCACCUCUGCAACACAAACUCAAACAGUGUUUUCAUUGUUUAUGUCAAUGCACAUAAAUGAAAUUAAAGUUUUAUUUGAUGUAAAUUAUUAAUACUCAUAUUUUAGUAUUCAACUGUUAUCUACUUUCUCAAAACAUAAGAUUAAUCUGUAAAACGCUGAAUAUGUUGGUGAAGAACCAUUUUUUAAGAGUCCACAGGAGGGCGCACCGGGCUACGCAAUGAAAAGUUGACAGGCAAGUCAUUCUUUUUUACCGGAAGGCUAGCCAACUAGUCAACUAUCUAGUAAUCACUUCGGGUACGUGGUUGGUGUCUCUUUUUUUAACAAAAUAGUAAGGUGGCCAAUAACGGGGCCGUAUGCCGAUAAUACGGGACGUAUUUCUUUGCUAAACCGCUUAUCAAAAAGCUGAUAAUAGUAGUAUUUCCACUGAAAUGUCAAACUUGCUAAUUGCUAACCCGUUAGCUAACAUUUUUACGACACCAAUAAUCACAUAACAUUGAUGGCUUGAUCACAAGAUAACACUGUUGAAGGUAAUAAAAAAAAAUUACGCUGUUGAAUAUGCCGAUAAUACAGGGUUCCACGCUAAGGUCACACUUAUGAAAACUUAGGAUACUAAAGAGGCCUUUCUACUGACUCUGAAAAACACCAAAAGAAAGAUGCCCAGGGUCCCUGCUUAUCUGCGUGAACGAGCCUUAGGCAUGCUGCAAGGAGGCAUGAGGACUGCAGAUGUGGCCAGGGCAAUAAAUUGCAAUGUCCGUACUGUGAGAUGCCUAAGACAGCGGUACAGGGAGACAGGACGGACAGCUGAUCGUCCUCGCAGUGGCAGACCACUUGUAACAACACCUGCACAGGAUCGGUACAUCCGAACAUCACACCUGCAGGACAGGUACAGGAUGGCAACAACAACUGCCCGAGUUACACCAGCAACGCACAAUCCCUCCAUCAGUGCUCAGACUGUCCGCAAUAGGCUGAGAGAGGCUGUACUGAGGGCUUGUAGAACUGUUGUAAGGCAGGUCCUCACCAGACAUCACCGACAACAACGUCGCCUAUGGGCACAAACCCACCGUCGCUGGACCAGACAUGACUGGAAAAAAGUGCUCUUCACUGACGAGUCGCGGUUUUGUCUCACCAGGGGUGAUGGUCGGACUAGUGUUUAUCGUCGAAGGAAUGAGCGUUACGCCGAGGCUCAUCCUGACAUGACCCUCCAGCAUGACAAUGCCACCAGCCAUACUGCUCGUUCUGUGCGUGAUUUUCUGCAAGACAGGAAUGUCAGUGUUCUACCAUGGCCAGCGAAGAGCCCGGAUCUCAAUCCCAUUGAGCACAUUUGGGACCUGUUGGAUCGGAGGGUGAGGGCUAGGGCCAUUCCCCCAAGAAAUGUCCGGGAACUUGCAGAUGCCUUGGUGGAAGAGUGGGGUAACAUCUCACAGCAAGAACUGGAAAAUCUGGUGCAGUCCAUGAGGAGGAGAUGCACUGCAGUACUUAAUGCAGCUGGUGGCCACACCAGAUACUGACUGGUACUUUUGAUUUUGACCCCCUCUUUGUUCAGGGACACAUUAUUCCAUUUAUGUUAGUCACAUGUCUGUGGAACUUGUUCAGUUUCUGUAUCAGUUGUUGAAUCUUGUUAUGUUCAUACAAAUAUUUACACAUGUUAAGUUUGCUGAAAAUAAAUGCAGUUGACAGUGAGAGGACAUUUCUUUUUUUGCUGAGUUUAUAUAUAUAUAUAUAAUCUAGAACAGGAUUAUCUAUUUUGGAUGCAAUUUGAAUGGAGUUGAUGGAGAGAGAGAGAGACUGCGAGAGACUGCUCGCGCGUGCACUGAUUUUAAAGCAACGAUAUUCGAGUGAUAAGCUAUUUUUAAAACUCUGGAGCUGGAAUUUUAAAAAUUAUAAUCUUUACAAUUAAAAACAAGGUGACCCCGAAAGCCAGAUGGAGAUGGUAAAUUAGACACGCAUUCGGUCCUUAUAUUACUGUAGCAAGGGCUAUGCUGCAGCAAAUCUAGGCCUACCUGUCACAAGAAAAAAGGUUGCCAUGAUGAGAUGAUACAUGCAUUGUGAACUGCGCUCCAUACUGAGAUGGGCUGUCUGUCCCCAUCCUGAGCGUUGAAUCAUCAUGCAUUGGCCGUAGAGAAGCCAGAUUUAGACAUUGCAUAUAAUUUAACAGUUCCAUUUCACGCCAUGCUGUUCAUAUAAAUAAUUUAUUCAAAUUUACCAGUUUCUCGCAGGAAAAGGGAGUGGUUUUGGGCAGUAAACCUCGGUAACCGGGUUCCCACCAUUCAACCUUAAUGGUUACUGACCAUAGAAAGCUGUUUUCACUGACCACAAAAAGUCAAAUUGGGUGCUCAAGCUGACUGUGAUCAUUGUUCUACUUGUUUUGAGUUGUGUUGUUCAUGUAGUACCUCCCAAUCCCUACUGAACACGACCCAGUAUUCUCUGAUUUUGUAAUUUUUUAAAAAAUAUUUUUCUCUCUCUCUUGUCCCCAGCCGGGUGGAGUGUCCGUUCCCAACGUUGACGACCCAGAGGCCUUCCCGGCCCUGGCCUAA